AUCCCCUCUGUAUAAAUGUCCCCAGUCAUCACACAGUUCCCCAUUUUAAGGACUGCUGCAAGGACACGUCUGGCAGGACACAUCUUUAAGGACACAUCUUCUACAGAGUAUUGAGUGUGUAUUCGUGUGUGUGUGUGUGUGUGAGAUACAAACCGAGCAUCAGGAUGAAGCGUGUGCUGUUGGGAUUUGUUACAGUUAUCGGACUCUUCGCUCUCGCGGAGUCUCUAAACUGUAAUCAGUGUUCAUUGAGUCUGAUUGGAGUGUGUCUCUUCCCUACAAGCACUACCUGCACCACCAACACGUCUGUGUGCACCACGUCAAAAGCCAGUUUUUCGGGUGUCUCUGGCUUCCUGGGCUUUGGCUCGCAGGGCUGUAUAGAGUCAUCGAAGUGUAACACCACAUCUGGCACCAUCCUGGGAGCGACAUACACUGUCACUCAGACCUGCUGUAGCACAAACACCUGCAACCCAGUCACUGUGUCUACAAGCGGCGCCUCCUACGUCCAGCUUUCCCUCACUGGGGUUCUGAGUGCCACCCUGCUCGCCUGUGUCUGGGGCCAGUCCGUCUACUGACCACUCGAUCUGUCUGUCUAAAUAUCUGACGUGUUUAUAAAGACCUCACUCUUAAAAUUUUUAAUGGAAAAAGUUUAGCGAGAAAACACAGAUUUGGCAAAGACUUGGUGUUCUAGUUAGUAUUAAAUAUAUAAUGCAAAUAUAUUAAUGUAAUUAAAAAAAAUCUUGUCAAGAUGAUAAAUUAACCUACACAGUUAAGAGUAAUGGAUUUUGGAUAACGAAUCUUAUAAUCAAAAGAUAAUCCACUGUGACGAUGUGCAUAGAUAUGUUUAAAAUAACUAUGUGAUUAUAGUUUGUACAAUGGGAAAAGAAUGCAAUACGCUAAAAAGCUGUAUAAUGUUUUUUAUAGUAAAAAACUAAGCAUUUGGGUCAUUUUUUGAAAAUGAGACAUUGCCAACAAAUAAAUUUUACUGUGAUGUACAAA